UAUUGUUGUACAUUUGCAUAUCAGUUGUUGAAUGUUUUUUUGAUUUUUCUUUUGGAUAGAUUUAAUAACUAGGUCCGUCAGAUAGUUAAGUGGAUAUUUUGAAUAGAUCAUCUAAAAUGUUGUAUAGAGUCGGCUGCAAGUAUUGAUAGUAAGUCAUUUGUAGAGAGAAUCUAAAUGACCAAUGGGCAACUGAUUUUACUUAAUGGACAAAUCCACCCAAAAACAUAUAUUUGGUAUUUGUUUCAAUAGUCCAUUGUUGACGUACAGUGCAUUUGAAAAGUAUUUUGACCCCUUGACAUUUUGUUACAUUACAGCCUUAUUCUAAAAUUGAUACAUUUGUUUUUUCCCCUCAAUCUAAACACAAUACCCCAUAAUGACAAAGCAAAAAACUUGUUUUUAGAAAUGUUUGCAAAUUUAUUAAAAAAAAUAUUAUAAUAAUAUCACAUUUACAUAAGUAUUCAGACCCUGUACUCAGUACUUUGUUGAAGCACCUUUAGCAGUGAUUACAGCCUCGAGUCUUCUUGGGUAUGACGCUACAAACUUGGCACGCCUGUAUUUGGGGAGUUUCUCCCAUUCUUCUCUGCAGAUCCUCUCAAGCUAUGUCGGGUUGGAUGGGGAGCGUCGCUGCACAGCUAUUUUCAGGUACUCCAAAAAUGAUGUCUCGGGUUCAAGUCUGGGUUCUGGUUGGACCACUCAAGGACUUUCAGAAACUUGUCCCGAAGCCACUCCUGCAUUGUCUUGGCUGUGUGCUUAGGGUCGUUGUCCUGUUGGAAGGUGAACCUUUUCCCAGUCUGAGGUCCUGAGCAGGUUUUCAUCAAGGAUCUCUCUGUACUUUGCUCUAAUCAUAUUUUUCCUCGAUCCUGACUAGUCUCCCAGUCCCUGCCGCUGAAAAACAUCCCAACAGCAUGAUGCUGCCACCAUGCUUCACUGUAGGGAUGGUGCUAGGUUUUUUCCAGAUGUGACGCUUGGGAUUCAGGCCAAAGAGUUCCAUCUUGGUUUUAUCAGACCAGAGAAUCUUGUUUCUCAUGGUCUGAGAGUCCUUUAGGUGCUUUUUGGCAAACUCCAAGCGGGCUGCCAUGUGCCUUUUACUGAGGAGAGGCUUCCGUCUAGCCACUCUACCAUAAAGGCCUGAUUGGUGGAGUGCUGCAGAGAUGGUUGGCCUUCUGGAAGGUUCUCCCAUCUCCACAGAGGAACUCUGGAGCUCUUUCAGAGUGAACAUCGGGUUCUUGGUCACCUCCCUGACUAAAGCCUUUCUCCCACGAUUGCUCAGUUUAGCCAGACGGCCAGCUCUAGGAAGAGUCUUGGUGGUUCCAAGCUUCUUCCAUUUAAGAAUGAUGGAGGCCACUGUGUUCUUGGAGACCUUUAAUGCUGCAGAAAUGUUUUGGUACACUUCCCCAGAUCUGUGCCUCGACACAAUCCUGUCUCGGAGCACUACGGACAAUUCUUCCGACCUCUUGGCUUGGUUUUUGCACUGACAUGCACUGUCAACUGUCAACCCUAUAUAGACAGGUCUGUGCCUUUCCAAAUCAUGUCCAAUCAAUUGAAUUUAGCACAGGUGGACUCCAAUCAAGUUGUAGAAACAUCUCAAAGAUGAUCAAUGGAAACAGGAUGCACCAGAGCUCAAUUUUGGGUCUCAUAGCAAAGGAUCUGAAUACUUUUCUAAAUGAGUUAUUUCAGUUUUUUAUUUUUAAUACAUUUGCAAAAAAUUCUAAAAACCUGUUUUAGCUCUGUCAUUAUGAGUUAUGUUUCACUAUAUUAAUAUAUUGGUAUCACGCCGUGGCAGAGGGAUACAUCCGAGGUGAGGAUUUACAGAUUUACUCCUGUGUACACCUGUAUCACGGCUGGUGUCCGCCCCUAUAUAUAGAACCCAUGGCCGCAACACAUGUUCUCUUUCAUUUUCUCGGCGGACGUCCGUAUGGUUUGAGGUACAAACUUUCUGAAGUUUGCUUGGUAAGUCACUGGUAAGUGUAUUAUCUUGCGUGUAAGUAUACUCACUGGCUGUUUGCUGCUGGCCACAUGGCCAGCCCCUCCUCUUGAGUGCUCCACUCGGUUGAUCUGUAUCUUCCGCCCGUGGUUUGUCGUACUUGUGUUUCGUUAGCGUUACACUACAACUCCGUGUGCAUCCUUUAAUAUAUUGGUGGCUCUUGCUGCCACAAACUGUAUUUACCUUACACAACUUGCCUACUGGCUUGUUCUUUGUGUGUUGUGAAUUGCUUAAGUGGCUUCUCUGCUAAUUACUAUACAAGGUUUUUUUUCCUGUUCUUUCCCCUGCAGAAUGUAAGAGCAUCGUGGUGGGCUUCUACUACAUUGAGGCAUUAACUUUGGAGUUCCUUAGCGGAGUUACUCCAUCAUAUGGUGCUGUUUUUACUGCUUAGAUAUUAAAACAGCUAGGUAAUAUUGCAGUUGGCGUAAAAAACAAACUACCAAAAAACAUAUAAAUCAAAUCCAUUACCUGGUUGCUGUUUUUUGUCUGCCUGUUUUUCACACACGGGUCUUCCCCAUUUUGCAGAGGUACUGAGUAAUUUAUCCCUCACCGGGUUCCUAUUCCUCCAAGCGGGUCACGACAAGCUCUCCCAGGGCGUCGGACCCCUGCUCCGUGGCCUUGCUGGCUUGGCUGAGCUUAUGGCACCUUUGUGACAGGUGUGAUGGUGUGAUGGUGGCAUCCCCCCUGGAGAUCGGCACACCUCGUGUAUGCACUGCCUGGGUUUGAGCCACAUGGAGAUGGUGGUGGAGCGCCCUACUGGAUGCCUGUUCUGUGUGGUGUUCUCAGAACGCCUGCGCCUGGCGCGAUUGGAGGCCAUGCGCGAGUGAGUUGGCCAGGCUCGGGCUCAGGCUGGGGACGAGCUCCCUCCCUCAGGAAUGGUGCGCCAGCGAGCUGUUAGUCCCUCUACUGGGCCCAGUACCCCUCCCAGGAACUGUAGCUGGAGCCACCGCAGGCAGAGCCCAUCUUCUGCCAGUCCUGGACGGGGGCAGGAGUUGGACCGCUGGGACCACCUUGAACGGAUGGCACAUGCCCUGCGUCAGGAGGUCAAUAGCUUCGUUGACGACCACAGCUGUUCCCCGUUCGCCAGUGAUGCGCUGUUCCUGGGGGACAAUGCUGGAACUGUUCACCACCGUGAGCGAGGCUACCAGGCUGACAGGUCAUCAGAAGCCGGCCGGUGGAGCUUCAUUGCCCCCAGCGUCUCGAGAUGCUAGGAGGGGCCUACUCACUCGGGUAGCCACUGCACUGGACAUCAAACUGGUGAACAGUGAUGUCUCCAUCUGUCCCCAUCUCUGCUAAGUUCCGUGAGGCCUUGCAGGAGAGCUGGGCCUCUGCCAGGGGGCGCUUUUUCGGGAGAUUAUAGAGCGGAACCCGCAACUGAAGCCGGGACUCCCCAGAGUCUUUGAAGCCACAUAUGAGUCCCUCUGCUCUCUUGGCCGCCAACGCGUCCAUGCUGCUGCAGGCCUACCUGCAGACUCUGUUUCCCCGGCUGCAGGGGGGCACAGAGGAGCUCCUCUAGGAAGCGAUGGAGGUGUCUCGCCUGCUUUGCCUGCUUUGCGGAUGUUGUCUGCUCCAAUGGUCAUGGCGCAGGUUGUUACCUCCCAGGUUGUAACAUAAAAUGUGGAAAAAGUCAAGGGCUCUGAAUACUUUCCGAAUGCACUUUAAAAGUUACAUAUUUGAAAAUCUUGAUUCCUGACAAGCGAAACAUCAUCAAUGGACUAAUUACAUAUAUUUUUUAAGAUCGUUAUUGGGUGUAAAUUUCCUUUAAGCUACUUAUCAUAGUGGGUAUAUCCAGUCCAAUACUUCAAGUAUUGUUUUUUCUGUGAUUGCUGAACUUUUCAUUAAGAAUGCACUCAUUAUUUUUAUAAUGAGUGCAGGGAGGUGUGGUGUUACAUUUUUUUUAAUUUUUUUAUUUUACCGUUAUUUUACCAGGUAAGUUGACUGAGAACACGUUCUCAUUUGCAGCAACGACCUGGGGAAUAGUUACAGGGGAGAGGAGGGGGAUGAAUGAGCCAAUUGUAAACUGGGGAUUAUUAGGUGACCGUGAUGGUUGAGGGCCAGAUUGGGAAUUUAGCCAGGACACCGGGGUUAACACCCCUACUCUUACGAUAAGUGCCAUGGGAUCUUAAAUGACUUCAGAGAGUCAGGACACCCGUUUAACGUCCCAUCCGAAAGACGGCACCCUACACAGAGCAGUGUCCCCAAUCACUGCCCUGGGGCAUUGGGAUCUUUGUUUAGACCAGAGGAAAGAGUGCCUCCUACUGGCCCUCCAACACCACUUCCAGCAGCACCUGGUCUCCCAUCCAGGGACUGACCAGGACCAACCCUGCUUAGCUUCAGAAGCAAGCCAGCAGUGGUAUGCAGGGUGGCAUUUCUUUUAUUAACCUUUAUUUUAAUAUUGUAUGAAACGUGUUGUAGAUUAUUGUUUUGUCAUUUGAAUUAAAUUGACUUUUUUGGCAACAUCAGAGGAGUUUAUUGCAUUAUAUUAGCAUUUGUGAGAUGAUUCACUGAUUACUAGAGACGAUCUAGCCAAAGAUUUGUAUCACUAAACCAAGAUAGACAACAGCCUGUAGUUUCCAAUGGGAACAGAUGAGUCAUAGUAGGAUGAACAAGCAAGGAGGUGGGCGGAGCCAAGCACGAGAUCCUAUAGGCCCGUUCUAGCAGACAACUGCAUAUAUCCGUUAGGGAACGCUUACUCUGAAAUGCACGUGUGCAAUAACUCAAGUCAACUUUUCACUCAAAAACAUCGCGAUUAAAAAAAACUUUGACAAAACUUAGUCCACUCUAUUCAUAACAUAUUUUAGUUUUGGGAACAGAAAACUGUAUUGAGAUCAAAUGUUUCAUUAAUGAGAAAAUUUUCAGAAUGUAGGCAAAUCCAUCUCGCUCCAUCUUCUCCCAUUGCCCGUCAGUGGGCUUCCGAGUGGAAAGGCCAAGCGGAUAUUUAUACAUCCAGUACCUGUCUCAUUGUUCAAUCUGUGAUAUAGCGUUUCCCAUGAUCGUAACUUUUAUUCUGAAGGCGAAUAUAAACCGGAACUAAUGUUUUUUUUAAGCGACUUCCUGCAAAAUGAGAAAAAAAUUAUAACUUCCAGGUAAACAGAUAUUUCAGCCAAGUGACUAAAUGAUUGCUUGGGUUUAGUUUAGGACGUCCCUGUAACUGAUAAUAAUGGAUUAUCGGAAUUUAACGGAACCAGUGGUGAAUACGGGGUUAUCUUUUCCUCUACCUGCCCUGCGCCUGUUCAUCCCACCGCUGCGGCUGUUUUCUGCAGCGAUGUGGCAAGUGGCCCAACGAGGGGAUAUAAUGGAAUACGGGAAGCUGGAAGAGUUUGUGACAUUUGUUACAGAGACGGUUCCAGAGCUGCUCAGUUUCAGACAGAGAACCCAGCUCAUGUUGGGCUUACGAGCAAAGUUGGUUUUGGAGUUGUGCCGCACGGAGCAGACAGCAGGACUUCAGAGCCAUCUGGACAGGAUCCAUUUCCACGCAGCAAGAUCACAUCUGGGGGAUGCAGACUUUUGUUGCGCAGAAGCGGAAGCCUCUAAAUCAAAUUUCCUUGCACUGGUACAAACUCUCAUCCAAGACCCAGUUGAGAGGAAACAUUUCUUCCAGGAAGUGUUUCCUGUAGACUAUGGACCCAAGUAUGACUCUGCCCUGCAAGGAUUAAUGUGGGAGUUUCUCUCCAGGCUGGAGCAGCUCCUUCCAGUACCAGACCUCAAACAGACAGUGUCUUGGCUCAAUGCUGCACCCUCUGUCUUGGAAGAGUGUGUCAACUCUCUAUCUCAACCUCUGCAGUUGAAGACUCUACUGCAACAUCAUAGAGAACUAGGAUAUUUGGACACCAAUGCAACUUCUUCCUCCUCUGCUGGCGACUGCAUCUUCUCCUCUCUGUCUCUCACUCCGGUACUGGUGACGGCCACUAGAAAGACAGAAACAGAGAUCCAAUCAGAGUUGAUGGAUGGCUGUAUGGACCCAGCCUUAUAUGGUGAAGAGAUGGAAACAGAGUCUGUAGUAGUGACCGAGUAUGCAGAAGUGGAGCUGGGGACCAGUACAUACACCAGAGAGGAAAGGGAGUUUAGUAUAGAGAAGACUGAGUCACAGAACCCAAGAGACAGUCAGGCUGAAUUGAAUGGGGAAGAGCGGGAGUUGGUAGCCAUGCCAAGCGAGGAAGAACGUCAAGAGGGACAAGUGGAGGUUAUUUGUGAGGAAGUGGGGCAUCCUAAUGGAGACGCUGAGCUUGUUUCAGAGGAAACCAGUGCCAUGAACACAGAGGAAGCCAUUUUCUGCGCAGAGGUGGGGGAUGUGUGUGUGGAUCUGGAGUCAAUGAAUAGAGAGGUGGAAAUGAUUUAUGAGGAGGUGGAGCAUGUUGAACAUCAGGAGUUAGUUGGGCCUAUAUGUGCAGAGAAUACAAUUGACAGACCAUCCACCCACAAUGAGAACCCACAUGACGAAAAUGGGGUCACAGAGGAGGUGCGCGAGAAGGAUGCGCAGGAGAGAAAUGAAGCUGGUUAUGUCCCCCAAACUGUCACGGAUCAAGGAAGUUCCCAAUGUACGCCACAAGAUGUAAUGAACCAGCCUGAACUGGUCACAUCCUGUCUGCACCAAAAACCCACCUUAGGGUUCCAGAGACUGGAUGUCAGUGUCCUGCCUCUCCAAAUGUCCUCCCCCUCUCAACCAUGGAGAAGAAACACAAGACUCCAGAUGAAGACAGUGGGAUCAAAAGGACCCAAUGGAGGGCAGCUCAAGGCAUUGGAGGAGGCUAAUGGGACCUGGGGUGUCCCUUUAUACCUGUCUCCAGACCCAAGGGAAGACUCUGAAGACCUCAGCGCCACUUCUGACAGCUACACAAUGAAUGGAAAUAAAGGUGGGACGGUGGAGGCUCCCUCUCUUGUCUUCGCCUGCUCUCAGUGCUCUUUUAACCAUGCCGACGAGGUGACCCUCCGGCAACACCUUAAAGCGCUUCACCCAGAGGACUACAGAAGGAUGCUUGCUGCUGGAGAAAAUGAAACAGAAACCCCUCCAGGGUCUUCCAGUAGCACCCCUCUGAACCCAUGUCUCUCAGACAUUCCCCACACACUGGGGAAGUCUGGCAGGCAUACAUCACGCUCCAAAACAUGCUCUGUGUGUGGAAAGACCUUCUCUCGAGCGACAGAUAUGAGGAGACACCAGAGAUCCCACACUGGGGAGCGGCCUUACAGGUGCACCCAAUGUGGGAAGACUUUCCAGUACUCCUUCGACUUGAAAAGACACCAGCGAAAGGGCCUAGGGUCAAGGCCGUUCCAGUGCUGCGCGUGUGGAGAGGGCUUCGAUCGGGAGGAAGAUCUAAAGACACACUGCAGUGUGGCUCAUUUAGCAGAGUCGCCAGUCUCUGAUGAUGACGUUGGGAUCAAGUUAAACCUCCCAGCAGGCCUUGAGAAUGAGCAGUGUCCCAGCGAAGAGGGUCAACACAAAUGUCCAGAAUGUGACAUGUCUUUCAGUCAGAUAUCCCAAAUGAAGCGACACCAGCUGAUUCACUCCGGUGGUGACCCGCUGCAGUGCAACCAGUGUUAUAAGAAAUGUCAAAACUCUGAUGCCCUCACAAAACACAUGCAAAUGCACAACGGCGCUCGACCAUUCCAGUGUUCUAUGUGCAAAAUUAACUUCACGCAGCUAGUUUGUCUUAGGCAACACUAUUUGAAUGCUCAUAAGGAAGAGGGUUCAUUUCUGUGUUCCCAUUGUCUUAAAAGUUUCUCAAGGCUAUCGAACUUGAUCAAACACCAGAGAACUCAUACAGGUGAGCGGCCUUACCAGUGCUCUCAUUGUCCAAAGAGAUUCACACAACUACAGAUCUUGACUAGACAUGAGAGAAUUCACACAGGAGAGAGACCAUUUCUUUGCCCUGACUGUGGAAAAAGCUUUCUCUCUUCUGGUGAAUUGUCAAAACACCUUCAGUGUCACUCAGAGGAGAGACCCUUCCCUUGUCUCGAGUGUGGAAAGACUUUCAAGGCCAAUCGGUUUUUGAAGAAACACUUACAGACUCAUACAGGAGAGCGUCCUUUCCCCUGCUCCCAGUGUGGGAAGAGAUUUUCCAAGUCGACUGAUCUGACCAGGCAUAAUCGCAUGCAUACAGGGGAGAGGCCACAUAUGUGCUCUCAGUGCGGUAAAAGUUUCUUAACUUACUCCGAAGUGGUGAAACAUCAGCGUUACCACACUGGAGAACGACCAUUCAAAUGUGAGCAGUGUGGGAAAAGUUUUACCCAGUCCUGCUAUCUUACAGUACAUAAGCGGAUACACACAGGAGAGAAGCCCUACUCCUGCAGCGUGUGUGGAAAUCGCUAUAACAGCACCACUCCACUGAAGAGACACAUGCUCAGCCACACGGGAGAGAAGCCAUACGUGUGUACUGAAUGUGGGAAGGCUUAUAACAGAUUGCAUCUUCUGCGUACACACGAGCGAACUCAUGCAGCAGUUGAGGCUGUUUGUUGAGUAUAUUGGUGUGUCAUUGCUAUUCAUAUGUUGUAGUGUCUUUGGUGGAUCAUUUGUUGUUUUUUGGAAAUGUAAAGUAAGACAGGCCAUUUGUAUUAGAGGCCUGUAACAACAAGAGUUGAGCCUCAUACUGUGAAUUGUUAAUUCUGUCACUGCUUGGAAUUUGAUUGUAUUUUUGAGAUGUGCAUUUUUGUGACCAAGAAUCAUACAUCAAAGGGCAUAUUCUUUUAUUUAGAUCACUCUUUUUAAUGUCAAAACAAGGUGAGUAAAGUAUUGCGCACCUUCCUUUGCAGAAUGAAGAGGACAGUUGCUGCCGGUACACAGGCUGGUUGUUCAGAGGCGAGUGCCAGGCCUCUACUGUAUGUUCAAAACUGAGGGAAAAUAUGUAUUCUCAAAUGUAGGCUCGAGUGUUGUCUUUAUGGUUGAUAAACAUAAUAUUAAUCAA